UUACCUACCAACCGUAACAGAUUCACAGUUUUACCUAACAACCGUAACAGAUUCACAGUUUUACCUAACAACCGUAACAGAUGCACAGUUUUACCUACCAACCCUAACAGAUUCACAGUUUUACCUACCAACCGUAACAAUUUCAUAGUUUUACCUAACAACCGUAACAAUUUCAUAGUUUUACCUACCAACCCUAACAGAUUCACAGUUUUACCUAACAACCGUAACAGAUUCAUAGUUUUACCUAACAACCGUAACAGAUUCAUAGUUUUACCUAACAACCGUAACAAUUUCAUAGUUUUACCUAACAACCGUAACAGAUUCACAGUUUUAUGUAACAACCGUAACAGAUUCACAGUUUUACCUAACAACCGUAACAGAUUCACAGUUUUACCUAACAACCGUAACAGAUUCACAGUUUUACCUAACAACUGUAAUCACAGAUUUACCUAA